CAAUUCUUCAGUCCACUGCCCAGCUGUCAUAACACUUCUCGUCCCGUAAUUUGUGUACCCGAUCACCGCGUGUUUAAAUAACAAUCCCACAUCAUAUUUUGAGAUUUUUUUGCAUCUGCAAAUUAAUCCUCCGUCUGAGUUAUUUCUCGUAAAUAUUUUCGUUUUUUGAUGUUUUAUUUGAUAACAACUACCGAAAAUACCGACGCGUUUGCUUUAAGCUCCGUUUUUCUUGAUUGACUGUUUAUCGUCAGGUACUAAAAUCAAUGCGAUUCAUUUACAGCUAGCUUCGUUUUGACUCUUCCAAAUAAUUCAGUGACACCACGGCAAUAGUUAAUCAAUAGCAAUAAGCGUUAACGCUAGAAGUUCGGACCAACUUAAUUUCCACAGUGCGCAAACCUUACUUACUCUCGGCUUAUUUUUACAUUUCGUAAGUUAUCGAACUUCGAAACAAUUUCCUCUUGCUUGUCGGUUGCAUCGCGGCAUGAAACAACAAAUCUUAUUUUAAAUCUAAUUUCAGAACAAUCAGAGCAAGAACCUUGGUAAUGUCUGAUUUUCGAGGCAGGGCGUUCGUGCAGGGUCGUGUAUCGGUCCUAGUCGUGUGCUGAAACGGAUUCUGUGCUUUGGGAGUGUAAAAUUUAGGGCGUGUUGGGGGUUUCUGUGGUGCGGGAUCCUGCAUUGAUGAGUUCCCCGGAUCAAACGACGGCACCUCGCUACUUGCAGAACGUGACGGCUCGACUUUCGGAUCUGCACUUGGAGCACUUGGCCACCAAUGGGAGUGUGCCAAACCCGGUGGUUGUCGGAGGAGAGGUGAGCACCAGUUACACCUUCAUCGCCGAGAGCCAGGAUUCCCGAUUCCCAGCGGAUUCCAGUCACAUCGACUGCGACUCAAUUAUGAAACUGCCCGACAACGCUGAAAUCGACGGGAAUAAGCUCCAACUCAUCCACAUAACUAAUUCCAGUUUUGCAGCAGAUGGAUGUUUGGACCACAAAAUCAAGGAGGAGGAGAAACAAUACAUUUACAUUAGCCGCAAUGAAAUUGACUCCACUCAGUUGCAUGAUCCAUCGAGCGGAUACGACAACGGGGAUUCCGGGACGGGGGCCUUCGACCAGACGAUCGACGUGGGGCAGGAGGACGUGGUGAACGAGGCGACUCCCGCCGACGGGCACCGAUCGCGGACCCAGGUCCAAGUCCAGGCCGACCAAAAUAACUUCCUCCCGGAGGACUCCUUGCACCAGUACCCGCACGAGCCCCACAUCUACUACCACCUCUCGGCUACCCCCUCCUCCACCACCGCCUCCACUACCUCACCCACCGAUCACUUUACUCACAACAAUGUCUACGAUGGCUCCCCGCACUACACCGAUAGAUCGAUUCCAAUCUAUCAGGAGAAAGUUCAGGACCCGAUCUCCUCAAGACCACCAUCCCCGAAACAAGAAAAGCAGAUCUCACCAACUAAAGCGAGUUCCUUGUCGCCGAAGCCUUCCUCAACCACCUCGCCUUCCUCGACGGAAACCGCAACCAAGCCACCGUACUCAUACGUGGCCCUCAUCGCGAUGGCCAUCCAGCACUCGCCUCUCAAAAAAGUUACUCUUAAUGAAAUCUAUCAGUAUAUCAUGAAAUCCUUCCCAUACUACAGGGACAACAUCAAAGGCUGGCAGAACUCCAUACGGCACAAUCUCUCCUUGAACGACUGCUUCUGUAAAAUACCGCGAGAUGAUGCUGGUGGAAAGAAAGGGAAUUUUUGGAUAUUGGAUCCAAACGCUGAUCCACUUUUUGAGAAUGGAAAUUACAAGCGAAGGCGCAAGCGGAAAUCCCAAAACGCUGCUAAACUACAAAAUUCUAACUACCACUACCAAUUAACCAGUAAUUAUACGCGUUUUGCCCCCUACCAUCCCAGCAUUGCUCGCUUGCCCGCUCUUCCAGAAGUUCAAGGCUAUCAGUUUGGCUACGCUCCUAUUGAUCAUCAAAACUCAUACUCAGGAUUGCAAUCUCAGUUACCAAGUCACUUACAACCUGUCCAAAUCCCAAAUAUGAAUGGUUACAAUACGGACAACCUAUCGAAUUUAACAACUAACUGCGCCAACGGUCAACGGCAUGACGAUUUCCUAAGUCAGCGGCAGCUGUCACAACACAACCGACAUACGUACCACUCUCCAUAUGCAUGGACUCGAGAAUUUGAAGGUGAAGAAGAUCCACUUCUCAUAAAAAGGACCCAUGGCCUCAUGCCUCCGGCCUACUCUUCGGGAGUGGGUUUUGGUUUCAACACCCAGCACAUGCCCUCGGGUAGGCCAUUCUCAGGGGUCAAAGACGAACCUAUACUACUAGAUGGACACGGAACUAAUAACAUCGCUGGCCUCAAUAUCUGAUAAAUAAGUUUGGAUACAUCCUAUCAAAAUCCUACCACUUUAAAUAUACUCACGUAUUUUUCGGCGGGUAAACUCUUUCUAGGAUAUCCUCCGGCUAUCCCAUAAACUUUUUUAAAUGAAAUGCAUAGACACUUGAGUUGGCACGAACAGUGCAGAUUCUAUCUUAAAAGACGCAGAUAUUAGACGCAUGUUAGUUGCGCACUCAUAAUGCCGGUUUAGGCAUAAGGAGACGAAUUUCAAGAUCGGCGGAUGUUCAAUAUUCAGUUGUUUUGCAUAUUAUUCACUGUGAAGGUAAUAUUUAUUUUAAGAGAGUGAAAAUCGAAGGACUCAGUUUGAUUCAGUUUAAAAAAAUAAGUUCCGGAACAGAUCGAGACUUAGCUGAACUUCAUGUUACUUUUGAAAAUAAAAUGAUACUUUUACCAGUGGUAUAUGACGGACAAUUAAGUCAUUCAUGAUCAAUUAAAUUUUAAGUCCUACUGUUCUUUGGGUACGAAUUCUUUUUGUAAUUAUUACCUCAUGUUUUAUAAAUGUACAUACUAUUACUGUUUACUACCUACCUUUUUAAUACUUAAGAGACGAGAUAAGAUUAUUUA